CUUCCCCGCCAUAAGUUGUCUAGUCAUUAUGGCGGAAUGUAAAAAGCCUACAUCAUGUCCGUCUCCAGCUUCAGUAAUGACCUCUCUCGCUAGAGCUUUGUCCCAUUCAAGGUUGAGUCAACUUGAUCAGUCUGUGUUUAAAUCGCAGACUUCUGUUCACCAGAGCAAUGUGGCACAGCCAGGCCCACGAAGGUUGUCGAGCAGCAACAGUGUUGAGUCUCUGGAUGUGAGCCCCUGUGCUGUAGCGCGAGUCUUGGUCAUCAACACCGGAGGAACUAUCGGGAUGAUGUGCCAUAAUGACGUGCUGUCCCCAGAGCCUAAUGUGUUUGUGAAGGCCCUGCGAAAGCUUCCCAACCUCCAUGAUGAGCAGUAUGCCCUGCAGACCUGUAUGUCUUGCUACGACAGCACGAGUGGCCCACAGGAGAACACCCUUGUCCUGCCGAUGCCGACACACCUCGCUGAUGAACUAUCAAAAAGGCUGUGUAAACAAAAUAAGAGGAUAGUGUACACUGUUUUAGAGUACAGCCCCUUGCUGGACUCUUGCAAUAUGACCACAGAUGACUGGGCUACAAUUGGGAAGGACAUUGAGAAACACUAUGAGAAGUAUGACGGUUUUGUCAUUCUCCACGGCACGGACACCAUGGCCUACACAGCAUCUGCUCUGUCCUUCAUGUGUGAGCACCUGGGGAAGCCUGUCAUCCUCACCGGCUCCCAGGUGCCGAUCUAUGAGAUGAGGAACGAUGGAAGAGACAACCUGUUGGGGGCACUGCUGAUCGCUGGUCAGUUUGUCAUUCCUGAGGUUUGUCUGUAUUUCCACCACAAGCUGUACCGGGGGAACCGUGUGACCAAGGUGGAUUCUGGGAGUUUCAAUGCCUUCAAUUCUCCUAACCUGGCUCCUCUGGCCAAUGCUGAAGUGGAUAUUAAAAUUAACUGGGACACGGUGUGGCGAGCGAACACAACCGCGCAGUUCAGAGUGAGCACUCUGAUGAACCGUAACGUGGGUCUGCUGAGACUCUUCCCAGGCAUCACUGCAGUGACCGUGAAGUCCUUCCUGCAGGCGCCCAUGGAGGGCAUCGUCCUGGAGACGUAUGGUAGUGGAAACGCCCCUGACAACCGUGCUGACCUGCUUGAGGAGUUCCGGAAUGCCACAGAGAGGGGCGUGAUCAUGGUCAACUGCACCCAGUGCCUGAGGGGUUCUGUCACCACAUCGUACGCCACCGGAAAGGCCUUGAGUGACGCAGGACUGGUGGCAGGCUGUGACAUGACUUCUGAGGCUGCCCUGUGCAAGCUGUCCUACGUGCUGGCCAGGACGGACCUCAACAAAGAGGCCAAAAUAAAGAUGCUGAGUCAGAACCUGAGGGGAGAGAUGAUUGCUGACCUGCAGGGGGCCAAGCUCACUCUGAGCGACAGUCGCUUCAUCCAGGUCAUCGCCAAGUCCCUGAGCAUCAGCUGUAAGGAGGAGCUAGAAGCCGUCCGGGAUGCUCUGACCCCCACCUUAGCUUGUGCCGCUUCUAAGGUGGGAGACGUGGAGGCCUUGGAUGCCAUAAAGGAGAUGGGCAGUAACCUAAGUCUGGGGGACUAUGAUGGACGUACCCCUCUGCACAUCGCUUCCUGUGAGGGCCACCUCAAAGUGGUGCAGUAUCUACUGAGCCAGGGCGCCACUGUCUACGCCAAAGACCGCUAUGGGGACACACCACUACGCAAUGCUGUGCGCUUCAGAGUACCCCCUAGUGGCUGGAAUACAACUGUAUUAAGCCCCUUACAACGCCCCCCCUGCAAAAACAAAAUGUUUUCCCAAACAUUUCACUGGCCUCAAAACAAACAGAACAUACACAAAGAGGUGGUGAAGCUGCUGAGAAAGACUGGAGCUCAGUUCUCCAGGGAUGAGUUGGAGGAUGCCGGCUCAGAGCUGUGCAGUCUGGCAGCCAGUGCUGACAUUGAGGGCCUGGAGAUGUGGCACCUGGCCGGGGGAGACCUGGACACGCCAGGCUACGACGGGCAGACUCCGAUGGAGGUGGCUAAGGCUGUGGGGAAUGAAGUUGUGAUUGACUUCUUACACCAGGUCAGCCAGUACCAUGCCCAGAAUGAAGAAUACAUUGCGUUCUCAGCCUGUCCAAAAGAAUCCUGAAGACUAAGAUCCUCAACUCUUUUACCUCUCCAUCCAUCCCUCUCUCUCUCCCUUUCCAUUUCACUCUCUUACACUGGACAUUUGCACAAGUUUGCAGAUUAACAGAUUUUAUUUAGAUUCAUCCAAACCAUUUUACAGUUGAUAUAUUUGUGAUAAUCUCAUGUACUGUUGCUUAACUGUAGUUGUAAAAGCACUAGUAGCACAACCUUGAAUGUCAAGUAAUAUGGAUGCACUGUGCCUAGAACAGGCAGCACAAUAUCUGUUUGUUUUGUAUAUACCACAGUAUAUGAUGCAUGUGGAGCAAUUCACUCUGUUUGCAUUAAGAGUAUUAUCAGUGAUCAUUGGAAGCACAGGGUAGAACGUUGCACUUGAUGGGUAGAAUGCUGUGCCUUUUAGAUGUACUUUAUGAAAUGCUUAGUGUAGCGUGUAAUUUAUUCUAAACUGAAAUCCUUGUGAAAUCCUUCUAAACUGAAAUCCUGGUCUGAUGAAACAAAAAUAGAACUGUUUGGCCAUAA